AUGCCAAGAAUGGCCGAGAAAGAUUUGGUUGUUGAUGUAGCUGCUACAGGCUUUAUGUGUCUUCUUUAUGUUGUACUAGGAUUCGCCGCAUGUUUCUGUAAUAUUCUCAAUUUAACCAUUUAUGGUACAAAUAAAGAACUCAGAAAGAAAUAUUUGUACAUGAUGGCGUUAGAUGCCGGAGAGCUUGUUAACGGCAUAAGUUAUAUCCUUGUUGGCUCUGGCAGAGGUUUUGGAUUGAUUUUCGGAUACAUCACUGUACCAAUCACCGUUUACGAAUGUUAUUUCAGGCAUUAUUGGGUUCAUUCCCUCAUUUUGGGGACUGAGUUGCCAGCAUAUUGCAUUGUCCUCAUCUCUGUGGAAAGAAUGUGUGCAGUCCUUCGUCCAGCAGCUUAUAAACGAAUCUUCGAGGGAAAAUAUAAAUUUUUCAUUUUGUUGAGUGUUCCAUUCUUAGGAACUACAUCUGUCAUUGUGGCUGGAGCAAGUGCCAUUGUGGAUGGCAAUAGACUAGUUUCCACUCAGCACUGUCCCAUCAUCUCAAGCACAGCUAUCUGGUAUUCAACAUAUCAUUUUGUGGCCAUCACAGUAGUCUAUGUUCUUUCCUUCUUCUCAUUAUCCAUCAUCAAGUACAGAACACGAAAGUAUGCUGGUGUACGCAGUGAAGAUUUUCGAAUUGGAAUGAUGCUUGUCAUAACAGGUGUAAGCAUCAUCCUAGUUGGCAGCUCAGCGUUUGUUAUGAUAACUAUACGAUGGAAUCUGUUAUCAUAUUCCGAUAUUGCUGUUUCAUUAACAUAUUCCAUGCCGGGAUUUCUUUCAAUCGUCAAUACCGUUGUCAACCUGACAUUCCGCAAAGAGCUCAAACAACAAUUUCUUUACUUGUUGGGUAGAAGACAAGCCAAGGCGGGGUUCAAUACAACAACUGUCGUCAUGACUAUUGCUCAUCAUACAAGUCCGAGUCAAUCAACAAAGCCAUCACAACAUUUCUGA